GUGUAUCUUCUUUAAUAGCCAUCUUUGAACUUCUCCAACGAUGAAUAAAUCCACGACCAAGAUCGAAAGACCGCAGACAGCCGGCGUCGUUCGAUCCCCGGCCGCAACGUCAACGCCCCAAUCACCGCGGCCGUCCUCUCACCGGGCUCAUCGGUACCUUAAAACGAAGCGAUCGGCCCCAGUGGAGAGACCUCCCGUGCCUGCUUGGAUGCUGGACACGCCGUUGUACAGCAAGGUGCCAAUGGUGGCGGCACCCGCCGGCAAGAUCAUGCUGUACACCACUGGCUUGUGCGAGAAGCUUCACACGACCCCAAGGGGCUUCGAUUUUGACUCCAGCCCCCAGGGUCUGAGUAUGACCUACAGCAGCCUCCAUGACCCCAACCUCAAGGGUUACUACACCACUCCCAGGAUGUACUCCCAUCUGACGAGAAGCGGCUUCCUCACUCCCUGUGGCAUGGUGAAGUGCGGUUUGAAAGAGUUUAACGAAUACCAUCAGUACGUGAAGCAGGUCCAGCUGGAACAACUGACACAACAAAGAAAACACAUGAUUAAAAAACAGUUUGACCGUAUUAUGCACACCCAUCAUCACAAACCAACACAUAAGAAACGUGCUGCACCUCCGCAUGUUGGAGCAACUUCAUCCAAACACCACAGAAGAUCGUCCACCAAAUCUCUCUCGAGAUCAUCUGUUCAGGUAAAGUCCGGAGGGGGCUCAAAGAUAGCAUCUAAGAAGGGCAGCACUGCCAAGACCAAGAAACCUGUAGGCAGCGUGACACAGGCUCAUCAUGAAAAGAAGCAACACGCGCACAAGAGGACAAGGAGAAGUAGAGAGAUGAAGGCCUACGAGAGGCAGUCCCUGCUGCUCAGCAAGCGUUUUGAUGAGGAGAUGAGGCGGGAACAGGAGCUGGAGAGGAGGAAGCUGGUCAAGAUGGCUGAACGAGAGUUGAAUCUGCAGGAGCAGUGGGACAGGAGAGAAGCCAAUCGGGAAGUGCGGCUGGUGCUGGAGGCUAGCCAACGUGAGAAGGAAGUGGCUAAGGCAUCAAAGGUCAAGGUCAUGAGGUCAAAGAUGGUCGAGGCACACCAAGCAAGGCAAAAAGCCAUUUUUGAAAGCAUCCGCGACGCAAGGGCACAACUUGUGGCUCAGAGGGAAGCACUAAUUGCAAGGCGGCUUGAGAAGAGGCUAGGGAAGAUAAGACGAAAAUACCACCAGCGCUACAGAAGACAAUGGGCUGCCCUCAAACAUCUCAUCGUAUCAAAAGAAGGCGAUGAAUUUGUUGAUGCUGAGCAGGAUCUGCACAGAGAGGAUGAGAUGUAUAGUUCAGAUGACAUCACUGCUGCAAUUGAGCGGACAGCAAAACAUCUAUCAUCCAGGUCGCACAGAGAAAAGCUCUCUUCCCCUAAUGUGUCUUCAUCUUCGAGUGAAGACGCUACUGUCACUCCUUUGAAGAAAGAACAACCGGAGUUGACCAUUACAGACAAGGUGCUGUCUGUCACUUCACUAGAUUACAGGAGAUCACCAAAUCCUGAACAUCUGUCCAAGGAGGAACCAGGGGGUACGUCCAUGAUGCGAGAUGUUUAUCUGGCAGAUGACAGCGGCAAGGAGGAUGGCAAUCUCAAAGGAGCUGGCGCCGUGUCUCCGGGCAUCCCUGCCAUUUCCAGUGGCAUGGGCUUGGCAGAUGAGAUGAGGGAGGGGCCAGAAGCAGGACCAUCUGCCGUAUCAGAAGACAAAGAGUACUCGUCUUCUUCCUCAGCUAGCAUGAAGUCAACAUCAAGGAGUAGCUCAGACACAACUGUAGGAGAUAAGUCACCCGAAGAUGAAGUAUCAGCCAAUAGAAAGGAACUAGAGGUAGGCGAAAAGAAGGGACAAGAUUCAGAAGAUGAAACAUCAGAGGAAGAGUCGUCCUUGGAAAAAUCCGGGGAUGCUUCAUCAGAGGAGUCAGACUUCUGGAAGAGUGAAUCUGUAGAGAGUCUUCAGGAGGUUAGCCUGUCGUCAUUUUCCGAAGAGGAAAAAGUAGAAAGCCCAAAAGACGAAGUUGGGAGAGAGGAGGACUUAGUGGAAGAGACCUUAGAGGCAGGAGAAACGAAGGUCAAAGAUGAAAGUAAGAAAGUGACAGAAGUAAAGAUGGAGGCAACGGUGGAAAUUGAUGAUGGGGAUGUUGAGAAACAGGAAAUGGAAAGCAAGAAAUCAACAAUCAAACAGGAAGCCAGGGAAGAAAAACCAGGCACAGAACAGGAAGUUGACACGGAAGAAGUGCUAGAAGGAACUGAAGACAAAUUAGAACCUGCAAAGAAAGAAAGAGAGGAAAAGUUGAAAAAAGCAAGGGGAGAUGAGGAUGACAUUGAGGUGCUUGAGGUACUCGAAGAAAAUCUUGGGGUCGAAAAGAAGAAAGACCAGGAAAUAUUGGAGGAACAAGAUGAAUUGCAGAAAGUGUCUGGGAAAGAUAAUGGAAUAGGUAUGAAAACUGAGGAAAAGUUGGAAGCAGAUCAGGUCAUGAGCGAAGAGAUAGAAGAGCAGAUUCUGAAAGAAGAAAGGGAAACAGAGGGGAAUACUGAUAAAGAAAUACUGGCAACAGAAACAAGUAUGACAACGCAAACAUCCAGUGAAAAACAAGAAAUACAAAGGAAAGAUCCAGAGCUAGAACAGAAAAUAGAAAUAAGGGAAAGACUGCAGGAUGAGAGCGUGGAAGAACCUGCAAUUGAAGACGAACAUGAGAAGGAUAAUUUAGAGAUACAGCAGGAAGUUAGAGAGAAAGAUACACACACAAAAGAAACGACAGAAAUAGGGGAAGAAAUUCAGGAUGGAGCUGCAAGAGAUGAAGAAAAGGAAAAAGAGGAACAGGUCCAAAUAGAAAAGCAAGAAGUGUCUCAAAAGAAAGAAUCAACUACAAAAAUCGAGGAAACAGAAACAAUAGAAGAUGAGCUAAAACAGGUAGACGUAGGGGAGGGAAAAGUUGAGGAAAAUCAGAUUGUCAGACAAGCAAGUGAUGUUGUGGCCAGUGUAAUGAAACGUUCCAUAUGUCAGCUCAGUACUGCUUGCACAACAGGCCAUGAGGGAAGGACGGAAGAUGGGCAGUGGGAGGUAAGCCAGGAAGCAAGGGGCCAAAGUGAGAUGCAAGGCGACAGUAAAGAGAAAGAGAAGACCGCAGAGCUUGCAAGUGACAGCAUUUUACUUGCAAACGUCAUGAACAUUCUUGAAGAGGUGGAGCAUGAUAUUCACCAUCAUCAUCACCACCAUCAUGAUGGUCAUCACCAUGAACACCAUACACAUCCCCCUCAAGAUGAGAAACAUCUUAAAGACGAGCAACAAGACAACGAAAAUGGAGAAAUUCUCUCAGACAGUGGAAGCGAAUGUGAUAGUUCCAGCAGUAGCGACAGCGAUGAAGAGGAAGGUGAGAUCAUAGGAGUUGUCGAAAAUGAGAUCAUCGCCGAUGAGGGGAGCGUUACCUCUCUGAAAGGCUGUCUGAGUGGGGAGGCUGUUCCAGGACUGACAGAGGUUGUCAAGGAAACAGAUGACCACAGGAUCAUCUUCGAGGGCGCGCUGAUGCCACUGAAACAUCAUUCCUCGACCUCUACAACAUCAUCUAAAGUCUCCAUCAAUGUCACUGCGGCGGUGUUAUCAGCUGGCUCACUCAAAAUGGACAGCUCUGGGAGACUCAAACACGAUAUGGCUUCACACAGUCACACUAAACCGGAGCUCAAGGUCUCCACAACAGACAUUCCAGUAGAUACUGCUCAUCCUCCUGAACCUGAGGAGGAUGCGCUAACUGAGAGCAGCCAUCAUCACUAUAGCAACAUUGUUCCAGUCUACCAUGACAACCUCGUCAAUGUCGGAGAGGAGUUGAUUGAUGCCAAUCUCUCGGCAAUCUCCAUGAAGCCUGAUCGCCAUCACAAAGUACCGUCAUCUUACUCUACGGCAAGUCGCAACUCCUUCCGAAACAUCUUCCGUCCGGACAUGACCUACUGCCAGGGAUCUGCCAAAUGUCUUAAGGACACGCUGGUCCGGGAGCUAUCUCAUUCAGGAUACUCUAAACACUCCAAGCACUCCUCCUCAGAUGAAAUGGAAAAGUACUACGACAUCUUGGAGGAAGAGCAGGAGGAUGUCACUGCUCACCAUUCUGAGGAGGAACUGGUGACUGCUGACGACACUGCAGGGGUGUGCUACCUUCCCAAACGACGGACAUAUAAGGUUCGCCAUACAACUGAAGCAACUGUCCAUGAGCAAGAUGAAAUUCAACCCUCUGAGGUUCCUGUGACAACGGAGGAAGACAAGAUGCCAGUAAUAAAGGAUUCAUCUGAAGAGAUGAGACCUCCACCCACACAAGUGGAUGUCCAAGGAGACACUACACUUCCUGAAGCUGAAACUGAACCACGGAAAUCAGAUGCCGGUGAAGAACAGACUCCUUGUACUGAAUCACUGAAUCAAGUAGUUGAGAGUACGACUAAGCAUGGAGAUGAACAGACAUCCUGUGAUGAUUUGACUUUAGACAGAAGCUGUGACGACAGUUGGGUCGUGGUUGAAAGCAUUCAACCACAACAGACUGGGUCGGAGGUUCAUGCUGACUUGGACCAAACAGGUUCAGAUUUAACCAGGGUUGAUGGAUGUGAAGAGGGAGGAAGAUGUGUCGAAGAGAAGCCUGGUCUUUGUGAGGAAAACACCAGCGACCGUGAUUUACACAAGGCUCCAACAGAAGGCCACACGGAAAUAAGGCCUGGAGAAGCGGUGGGAACUGUAGACAAGCGAAGCAGCAAUACCCAAACUCCUGAGAUUGAAAUGCGAGAUCAUGGUGUGAUAAACGAAGUAGUGAAUGGUCAGGCAUCAGCAGAAUGUUCCGAGGAAACUGGAAAUUUAGGAAACGCAGAAACUGUUGACAGGCCAAGCAGCAAUAUGCCGACUCCUGAGAUUGAAACUCAAGAUCAUGGUGUCGAUGUCAUAAUCAAUGGGCCUUGUGAAGUCAAUACUGUCCAAGAGGUGAAUGAAAUGGCAGGAGGAGAAAGUUCUGAGAGACAAGAAGAUGGUAAUGAAGACGAAAAACAAGUAUGCGAGCCUAAUCCAGAUGACACUUUCCUAAGCGAGACACGUCAGAUCGAUACAUCUAAAAAUGGAGACUGCGCAGAAGACAAUCAUCAAAUGAGAAAUCGAGAACGCAGUGGAAAUGGUGAACAUGAGACUUGCCCGAGUGAGAAUCCACCAGACACUCAAGACAUCCAAGCAGAUGUGAUGCAUCCUGAUGAUAAUUGCCAAGACGUGUCUUGCCUUAAUGAGAAUAUUCAAAGCUACACAUCUGCAGCAUCACUCUCCAGUUCCAUGACGCUGCCGAUCAGCUGUGGGGAAACUCCAGAGAGCGCAUCCUCGGACAUGUUCAGUGACUUUGCUUCAGUCAGCCCGUGCCCAGGGCCACUUCCAAACACCGUCUUGGAUCCGAUGGACUCGAGCUACACACCUGCUCUGCGAUCGCCGAAAGAUGCUAGCAAUACAGAUCCCGAGGCAAGUCAUGAGAUGUCCAACAAUCGAGGCUCCAUGCAGUAUCAUGCCGAUGGCAAUAAGUCUGAUCCAUCAACUCCUCAUGGAAGUGCAUCCGAUAUCCCAACAGUCAGCUCCCAUCCUGCAGUUUCGGAAUCGAAGUCCAGUUCGAGCCGCAAGUCGGGGAGCAGGAUGUCAGCUGUCAUGAAGAAGAUCAGCAGCGUCUUCUCUCUGGGACGCAAACACUCCAGUCGCGUGCAUCCGGGAGAUGAGGUGGAAGAUGAGGCCCAGAGGAAAGCCAAGGAUGAGGAUGCCAAAGAGAAUCAUUAGAAAUGCUCAUUAUAAAUC